UCUAUCAUCAUCAUUCAUACUACCUCCCCAUCAACCUCACCAUGCACCACCAUCUAUCCCCCAGCAUAGAACAAUAAUAACAAGAAUAAAAUUUACCAAGAAAGAAGGGGGGAAAAUGGCACCAAGCGAAUACUCCACCCCCGGUGGAGGCGGCAAACUAAAACUGAAAGGCUCCAAGACGAGCAACGGUCGAAUAGAGAAGAAAAAGAAGAAGAGCAGCAGCAGCAGCAAGAAAUCGUCCGUUCCAGGCAGUGGAGAGGAGAAUGAGCAGCAGAAGAAUCAGCAGGAGCAGCAACUUACAACGACAACAUCAGCGACGGCAAGUGGCGCUGAAGAGGAACCUCGCACUGAUGAACAUGAACCUUCCUCAGCAUCUGGCUCUGCGGGAGCUGGGAAGACUGAAGCGGAGAGGAAGUAUGAGGAGAUGAGGCGGAAGAGGCUGCAAGAGCGCCUGAAACGAGAAGGGGUCAAAACUCACAAAGAGCGCGUCGAAGAAUUAAACAAGUAUUUGAGCAGACUAAGUGAACAUCACGAUAUGCCAAAAAUUGGACCGGGCUAAAAAGAAAAAGUGCCCUUUCCCCCGUGGUACGGGCUCGAUGGCUAUCGCAUCACUUUGUUUCAGGCUCGUCAUGUACUAGUCGUACUAAUGGGUGGGUGCUUUUGCUUUUGGUUCUAGG